AUGUCAACACUUUUGGCUGCUAGAAGACUUUAUGAUGUUGCAAUGAAUAAAGUUUCAGUGAAGAGAGUAUUCGUCUUGAAUACAAAUAUACAUGCUACUUCACUUAUUAUUUCGAGUCAAAGACGACAUUUAAAUGCUCAGUCAAAUCAAUUACAGUCUUCAGCAACAACUCAAAUCAAUUCAAAUAGUGGCUACAAAUUUCAUGCACCUACUAGACGACAUGGAACAUCACCAGCCUUAAAACAGGAUCUCAUUGGUAUAAAUAGUAAAAAAGAAUUGGAAAAGUACUUUAUCAAGUAUAAGAAUAAAAAUAACGAUGUAUCAUCGUUGCCACCAUCCAUGCAAUUAUUACAAAAUGCGCGACGAAAUAACUUUAAUAUAUCGGGUAACAUAUGGAUAAAUCAUCAGCGAAUGUGCAAAUCUAACGUGCACGAAAUUCAACUAGUUGAUUGGGUGGGAUUAUUUGCGUUUAGAUUCAACAAUCAAAUACUUGAUGUUUUACAAUUUAAUAAUCAUUGGAAACGAAUCGCAAAAUAUGAUCUGAGUUUAUUUCCAAUUUACUACCUGAGCUUCAUAUGUUGGUUGAUUAAUACCGAUCAAACGUAUUUAGCUGCCAAACACGUUAUUCAAUAUUUAAUGACGGAGCACAAUGACCCAAAUUUGAUACCUAUUGGCACCAUGAUUUCAAAGUUGGUAGAUAAUGAAGACUUAUCAAUGAUUCGAAAAAUUUUAAAACUUCUGUUGAAAAGAGACUACAGGUUAAGUCAUGAAGUGUGGUCAAAAAUAUUAAAUUUAGGUUUGAAAAAUAAUGAUUACGCCAUUGUCAAACAAGCAUAUACUCAAUACGUAAUGGAAGGUUUUACAGACGGAAAAAUUUCCAUUGAAGAGUCCAUAUUGUCUCCAAGUUUAGUAAGUAAAAAUCAUGUGUUUCAAUCAAUGUCUGAUUCGUUAUUAAUGCAGAUUUUACAAAUAUUUUCAAUGAACGGUGAUACGAAACUGACGAUUGAUUUGAUAGAGAGUCAUUUUUUUCACAAAGUUGUGGCUGGUAAAUCAGCAUUGAAUAAAAGUCUUUGCUUGAAGAUUAUUGAAAGUCAUUGUUAUGAUGAUGAUGAAGAAGGUAUAUCAAGUAUGGAAUUUAUAUUGGAACUCAUUAAUACUUUUGUUAAAAGAACUAAACAUAACCCGAAUGAUGCUUUAAAUGCUAAGGAUUUGUUUCGAGCCAUGAAUAGAAAAAUCGGCCAUCUUGAUUUGGGGAUAGUUAAGAGAAAAGAACCCGAAGUAAAUCGACCAAUGAACGAUCAAAUUCCCGUUAUUACACCAGGCCACAGUGAUAAUGAGACAUAUCUAGUUUUAGCCAAUACGACGACACUUCAUGAUUUCAUCGUUCGCAACAUCAGAUUUAUUGAUCAACAUAAUUUUGAUGCAAAGUCAAAGUCUAUAUUCAUCGACUGUUUAUUAAACUAUAUCUCGACAUAUUUAAACCAUACAGGUGUGGUGAAAGUAUUGGAAUCACUUCAUUAUCUUGAUCCUCAAAAUCUUGAAUAUUUGAAUUCAAAUUCAUUCGACCUUAUACUUCAAUCCUUGUCUAAUUCAAGUUCGAAAAAGUGUGCCAUAUAUUAUCAUAAGUAUAUGAAGGCUAAUGGUAUGGAGUUUUCACCUGAUAAGUACAUAUGGUUAAUACAAAGUUGUUUCAAUGAGUUUUACGAACCUACUGUGACAUACUUAAUAUAUCAUUAUUUCAAGGAUCACGUAGUGGGACACUUUGCCGAAUCUCAAAUCUCGACUUUAAUUGAUAUUAUACCGGAUGAUGUUGAAGGACAAGUAUUGAAACUCAAAAACUUUUUAAUGCAAAAGUCAACAAAAAGUGUUGUAGCUAUUGAUGAUUGUUAUAAAUAUCUUGGAAGUACUAUCAAUGAAAAUGAAGUAGUUCUUUUCUCAGCUUUUGGUCCAAAACAUAAAAGAAGAUAUUUUCGGGAAUACGAUGAAAUCGAUUUACUGAUUUUGAAAAAAGUUUUGCCCAUUUUGGAAGACACUGCAACUGUGAAAUAA